CGGCGGUCCGGGCGCGCGCGGCCGAAGGAGGGAGCCGGGAAGCCGCGGACUAGCGAAGCGCCGCCAUAUUAGGAACCGCGGAUUCCCGGGAUCCCGUCAGUGGUGGCGGCUGCCGGCUCUGGUGAAACUGCGGCAGCCCGAGGCAGGUGCGGCGCGGCGCCGGGAGAGGCGGGGCCGGCGGGAGCCAGCGGGCGACGGGAGCGAGCCAGGCUGCCCUGGCUGGAGUCCCGCCCCGCCCCGCCCGGCCAUGGACCAGGACUACGAGCGGAGGCUGCUACGCCAGAUCGUCAUCCAGAAUGAGAACACCAUGCCCUGUGUGUCGGAGGUGCGGAGGACCCUGACACCAGCCAACUCCCCGGUGUCCUCCCCCAGCAAGCACGGGGACCGCUUCAUCCCCUCGCGCGCCGGCGCCAACUGGAGCGUGAACUUCCACAGGAUCAAUGAAAAUGACAAAUCUCCCAGCCAGAACCGGAAAGCCAAGGACGCCACCUCGGACAACGGCAAGGACGGCCUGGCCUACUCAGCCCUCUUGAAGAACGAGCUGCUGGGCGCCGGCAUCGAGAAGGUGCAGGACCCACAGACGGAGGACCGACGGCUGCAGCCGUCCACUCCCGAGAGGAAAGGCCUGUUCACGUACUCCCUCAGCGCCAAGCGCUCUAGCCCCGAUGACGGCAACGACGUAUCCCCCUACUCCUUAUCCCCCGUCAGUAACAAGAGUCAGAAGCUGCUGCGCUCCCCACGGAAACCCACGCGCAAGAUCUCCAAGAUCCCCUUCAAGGUGCUGGACGCGCCCGAGCUGCAGGACGACUUCUACCUGAACCUGGUGGACUGGUCGUCCCUCAACGUGCUCAGCGUGGGGCUGGGCACCUGCGUCUACCUGUGGAGUGCCUGUACCAGCCAGGUGACCCGGCUCUGUGACCUCUCCGUGGAAGGGGACUCGGUGACGUCAGUAGGCUGGUCUGAGCGGGGGAACCUGGUGGCCGUGGGCACGCACAAGGGCUUCGUGCAGAUCUGGGACGCGGCGGCCGGGAAGAAGCUGUCCAUGCUGGAGGGCCACACGGCACGCGUUGGGGCCUUGGCCUGGAACGCCGAGCAGCUGUCAUCGGGCAGCCGCGACCGCAUGAUCCUGCAGAGGGACAUCCGCACCCCACCCCUGCAGUCGGAGCGGCGGCUGCAGGGCCACCGCCAGGAGGUCUGCGGCCUAAAGUGGUCCACCGACCACCAGCUCCUCGCCUCGGGGGGCAACGACAACAAGCUCCUGGUCUGGAACCACUCGAGCCUGAGCCCCGUGCAGCAGUAUACUGAGCACCUGGCCGCCGUGAAAGCCAUCGCCUGGUCCCCGCACCAGCACGGCCUGCUGGCGUCGGGCGGCGGCACGGCUGACCGCUGCAUCCGCUUUUGGAACACUCUCACGGGCCAGCCGCUGCAGUGCAUCGACACCGGUUCCCAAGUGUGCAACCUCGCCUGGUCCAAGCACGCCAACGAGCUGGUGAGCACGCACGGCUACUCACAGAACCAGAUCCUCGUGUGGAAGUACCCGUCCCUCACCCAGGUGGCCAAGCUCACCGGCCACUCGUACCGCGUCCUCUACCUGGCAAUGUCCCCUGACGGGGAGGCCAUCGUCACCGGGGCUGGCGACGAGACCCUGAGGUUCUGGAACGUCUUUAGCAAAACACGAUCGACAAAGGAGUCCGUGUCGGUGCUCAACCUCUUCACCCGGAUCCGAUAGGCCCACGGGCGGAGCGCGUCCCUGUGGAGACCGCCUGCCAGCUUGCAUGGACCCGCGUCCCCGCCCGCACAGUCCCUGGAGGAGACGGCGGGCGGCCGGGCGGGCGCUGGGCCUGGAGACCCCCGAAGAGUCUCAUUAAAUGCCUGAUUGUGAGCCAUGUCCACCAGUGUCUGGGGCGGGGACACGGGACCCUCCGCAGCGGGCCCUGUUGUCACCCUUCUUGGAGAGCCGAACCCCCAGUGUCCCCGGGGCCUUGGCCCGCGCCAGCCAUCAGCACUCGGCACAGUGGACGCCAGGGACCCACGGCGCUGUCCGGUGCUGCCUGGAACCCGGGCCACUGCCACCGCUGCCCGUGGCUAUGUCGGACAGACAGCUGGACACCAGGCUGGCCUGAGACCACGGGUCAGCCGCCACCAGCCAGGGGCCAUGGACCCAGGGCAUCUGCAGCGCCAUGGCUCCACCUGCCAGGCAGCCUCGGUGCCAGCUGGGGACAGCGUGGGUGCCUGCUGCCCCCACAUCUGGUGGUGGACCUGUCAUCGCGAAACUCGCUGAGUCUUGGCCAUCGUGCGUCCUGUGUUCGCCUCUCUGCUUCCCCUGCCCGUGUGACUCUGCGUCCGCCGUGGGCACGGGGCCGCGAGUAACCAGGGCACCAGGUGUGUCCAUCCUCCCUCCCCCCGCCCGGUGCGCGGCCGCCUGCCUGUCUCCAUCCGGUCGCCUGCCGUGGGAAGGGCGCUCAGCCCUCUGGAAGCCUUCCGGGGCUUCCCUGACCUCAGAUCCUGUGUCUUCUUACCCCUCCCUCCCCCAGCAGCCAGUGGUGCCCAUCCUCAGCCCCUCCUGCCGGGGCGGGGCCUGCUGGCCAGCGCCUGUGCGCAUGUGUAUAUAUGUAUUUGUGACUCCCUCA